AUGUCUCAGAAGAAGAUAUUCCUGGUAUUGAUAGCCAUCUGUAUGUUCAGCUUGUUUCUGCACCAUAGGGGACACUUGAACUUGACAUUUGAGGCGUUCUGGCUGAGUUGUCCAUCCUCCACGAACUCCUCCACUCAGGGCAGUAGUGGUAGUGCUCUUAAACACACCAGUGUAGCCUUCCUGAAGACUCACAAAACGGCCAGCUCCACUGUCCAAAACAUCCUGUUCCGGUUCGCUGAACGUAACAACCUCUCCGUGGCGCUGCCUGUUACCACCUGUCAACACCAGUUCUGCUACCCUCAGCCAUUUAGUGUCCACUUCGUUCACCCUUACACCACAUCCCCUGAUAUUAUCACCAAUCACUUGCGGUUCAGCCAUUCUGAGCUAAGACGCCUCAUGCCCAGAAAAACAGUUUACAUCACAAUAUUGAGAGAACCAGCAGCCAUGUUUGAGUCUCUGUUUAGCUACUUUAAUCAGAAUUGUCUCAGCUUUAAACGAGUACCAAAUGGCUCUUUAGAGAAUUUUCUGGAUCAUCCUUGGAGAUACUAUCGUCCAGAAGAGCUGGAUUCGAUGUACGCAAGAAACACACUUACCCAUGACCUAGGUGGUGAUAAGGAUCAUCCAUCAAAAGAGGCACCAGCAUAUGCAAAACGGUUCGCUGCAGAGGUAGAUCGAGUGUUCUCAUUGGUGAUGAUCUCGGAAUACUUUGAUGAAUCAUUGGUACUGUUGCGCCGUUUGUUGUCUUGGGACCUUGACGAUGUUCUGUAUGUUAGUCUCAACAUGCGCACUCCUGACUCAAAGAGCAGCCUUUCCAGUGAAAAUACAGCCAAAGUCCGAUCCUGGAAUGCCAUAGACUCAGUGAUUUACGAUUACUUCAAUGCCUCACUUUGGCGGCAGCUGAGAUCUCUGGGACUACCAUGCGUUGAGCGGGAAGUCCAGCUGUUACGUCGGUCUCGUGAUAGACUUGUACGUGGCUGCUUUGGUGGAAAUUUGCCAACGCUUCGCUCAGCUUCUCAGAUCAAAAAUAAGGCAUUGCGACCUUGGCAGCCCAGUUCCAAAGUUGCAAUUGUUGGAUAUGAUUUACCAGUCAACAUUACACAAAAAGGCCAAGUCCCUCUGCGAGACGAGUGUCUAAAGAUGAUAAUGCCAGAGGUGCAGUAUACACAGCUGUUGCUCCGAUCAGAGUCAUUACGUUAUCGGAGGCGGUUUCCAUUACGGAACUCCAAGCAGAUUUUACGAACUGUGAGACAUGUUCGGUCAGACAGAGAGCCCCCAUCUCCGAGUUUGAUACAGCGACCCUCAGAGACUAUGGCUCGGAGCACCAGAGGGGCACAACAGCUUUCCCAAUGA